AUGCCUCUUUACAACGUCACCCUGAAGAAGGACUCUCCCCCCGAGGAGUUGGAGAAGGCCAAACAGCAGGCCACCGAGAAGGGCGGUACCAUCAAGCACGAAUACUCUCUCAUCAAGGGCUUCACUGUUGAGUACCCCGAGGACAGCGUCCUUUCGCUCGAAGCCAACGAACACGUGCAUGUCGAGCAGGACGGCGAGGUGCGCACUCAAGCGUAA